AUGCUGCUAGUCGCCUUUGCCAUAUGGUCUGUUUUGUCGGUUUGGCAAAAUACCUCUUUCAGUGGGCAUGUCCCUUCUCUACCUGGAGUAACCUGGCCCGGGACAUCCAAUUCGAGUCCAUAUCACCCUGUUGAACCACUCAUUCGCAAGGCUCAAGUAGAUUUUGAGCAUCUUGUCAAACGUCAGUCUAGAACUCUUGAAUCUGCUGAGACUGAGUACCGAAGAAGAUACUCGCGAGAUCCACCUCCUGGAUUUGACAAGUGGUUUUCGUACGCCCAAUCCAAGAAUUCGAUUUUGAUCGAUGACUUUGACAUGAUCGACGAGGAUCUCAAGCCAUUCUGGAAAAUCCCACCUCAGCGCCUUCGUGAGAGCAUUGAUCAUGUGUCAAGCAUAGAAAAUCUUGCCUUGCGUAAAUGCGGCAUCAGCGAUGGACAAUACUAUGGCCAAGAAGGCGAUUGGAUUGUUAAUGAUCUUGGAAAGCUUCUUGGAGAGGUGGCUAAUGAUAUACCUAAUGUCGACUUUGCUGUUAACAUAUUAGAUGAGCCUAGAGUCAUCAUUACACAACAGAUGCUCGAAAUUGGAGGCGUUUCGAAGCCCGAGUUCUAUGAUGCGCAUCACGUGUCAAUCUGGAACCGCACGACCGAACCAUGCGAACAAACUCCUACCAAGGGAAACUCACCUGCUAGCCAUGAUCUUGGGCUCCCGUUGGUCCAGGAUUGGUACCAUACGAAGGAUGUUUGCUCGCACCCUGAGUUUGGUCUUAUGCAUGGAUUCUUCUCAUCGCCCAUGACCUGUGUAAUUACCGAUGCACCUAUUCCCGUUCUAUCCCAGGGAGCUCCGACUACAUUUGGAGAUAUCGUGUAUCCCAGCCCUUGGUAUGCUGCAAAGAUGGACCAAGGAGACUACAAUGGCGGCGAGGAUCCACUUUGGGAACAAAAGUCUGGUAAUCUUUAUUGGGCUGGAAGCACUACUGGCAGUUAUAGCUGGAACGGUACCUGGCAUUACUCACACCGUCAGCGCCUUGCAAAGUUGGUACAGACUUUGAAUCACACCAACUAUGCUUACCUCAAAGAGUCCAAGCCCGGACAUUGGACCAGCUACAGGGCAAUUGAGAACCAUAGCAAUUUAUUCGACGUCAAGUUUACUGCUGCCAUUCAAUGCGACGACCAGGAUUGCGCCGAGCAGAAUCAGUUCUGCAAAAUGGGCGAGAGAGAAGAAAGAAGCCGGCAGUUCCAUUCUCAGUUCGUCUUCGACACAGACGGCAACUCCUUCAGCGGGCGAUUUUACACUUUGCUGAGAUCGCGAAGUGCUGUGCUCAAGCAGACUGUUCUACGCGAAUGGCACGACGAACGGCUCAUUCCCUGGGUCCACUUUAUCCCAGUCAGCUUAUCCAUGGAUGAGUUACCAGAACUGAUGCGAUACAUGACCAGUCAUGAAGAUGGAAAGAGGAGGGCAAAGGAUAUUGCAGAGAGAGCUGAAAUGAACACUGUAGUGGUUUAA